AUGAAUAUAUCAAAGAUAUUAUUCAAAUCAGGUAGCAAUUAUACUACUAAAUUGGUCAAUAGCACCAAUAGUAAUAGUAUCAAUGCUUUGAAACGAUUCAAUGGUCAACAACAAUCGUCAUCAUUAUUUCAAACCAUCAUUAUCGAUAACAAUAGCAAUAGAUAUUACUCUUCAAAGCAUCACAAAAAAGGAGGUGAUCUAAAGAAUAACAAAUAUAAUAAUAAUAACAAUAAACCAAAUAAUAGUAAUAGUAAUAGCACCAAUACACCACCUCCUCUUAAUAAUAAUAAUAACAUUAAUAACAUUAAUAAAGAUAUUAAUAACAGUAAUAAAGAAAACAAAGACAUUAAUAACAUUAAUAAUGAAAACGAAUUGAAAAAGAAACAACUAGAGGAAGAUAUAGCAACAGCCAAUAAACAACAAGUCUAUCAACAAUUGGCAUCACAGAUUCACAAAACCAAUCAAUUUCACGAGGCAAGCGAUCAAGCUGAAUUUGAUCAACAGAAUAACGAGAAUAAUGGCAACAACAAUGGUAAACCAAAUUGGAAGACAAAGUUGUUAAGAAAUGCAAUUUCAUUGGGUGUCUUUGGUGUUCUUUCAUUGGGUUUUGCAGUUUACAUGUCAUCAAAUGAUGAAACUGAAUAUCUUUUAAAACAUGCACCACGUAUAUUAAAGGAAAUUCAAACAUCUGAUGAAUUAUCAGUCAUUGAGACUAGAUUACAAUCACUCUCUGAAUGUACUUCAAGCAAUAAUACAAUGAGAAAACUUAUGGCUCAACCAGAGAAUAUCAACCAUUUAUUGGAUAUUAUCGAUACCUUUGCAAACAUUGAAGUCAAUAUCUAUGCUGCCAGAAUCAUUGAAAACUCUGCAACUUUUAUUCAAGAUUAUUCAACAUUACCAAGAAUUAUUAAAAUGUCAACUACACCAUACUUACCAGCAUAUGUUCAAAAGACAUUGGGUGUUGCCAUUAGUAGAAUUGCUGGAAAUGAAGAUGCUCGUGUUAUCUUGGCCAACAAUGGAGCCAUUACAGCAUUGGAAACUUUAAAUGCAAACAAAAUGCUUCACAAACAAAUCUUCCAUACUGCAUUGUUGGUCAUCAGUCACACUUGUUUGAAACUUGCCAACCAUGAUGAUCUUUUGGUCACCGAAAAGGAAUAUCAAUCAAUGUUGACCUAUGCCAAGGAAGAAACCAUCAUUCAAGCCGAUUCACUCUUAUCAACCAAACGUCAAUUAUUUGAAUCUGGUUGGUUAUUAUAUCUUCACACAAGUGCUGGUGGUUUUGUUUGGGGUUGUUUUGAAAGUAUUCAAAAUAAAUUUAAUUUAAAGACAAUUUUAACAAAUGGAGUUAAAACAUCAUUGAUUACAGCAGCAGUACCAAUAUUUUUCGUUGGAGCCAUGACAACAUGGUAUAAUAACGAGUUGAAGAAAUUGGAUUCUACCAAAGACAAAUUCUACUUUUACUUUGCUGGCGCCUAUUCAUUGUACCCAUGGUAUUAUCUUUUACCAAAGAUUGAAAAGUUUUCACCCUAUUGGUUGGGAGGGCACGUUGUUGGUUUCAUGUCCUUCUUUGCCUACCUUGUCAUUUCAAAGAAUGAUAUCUUUAAUUCCGACUCUCUCAUCAUUCAAUCCGACAAGAAAUCACCACCACGUGAUGUUUUAAUUAAACAAUACCAACAACAAAAGAAAAAAGAAAAAUUAUCAAUUACUAGCAACUCUAAUAAUUCUGUAAUUAAUCAAUAA